GGGCGGGGCUACCCAGCCAACCAAUCACGACUCUCCGUGCCGACCAAUCAGAUGGCAGACUGGUUUCUCUUCCUGUUUGGCUGAGGGAAUAAUUAUCGGGCUUCUCCCCACGACCUAAACCCGAACCGACUAAGACCCAUUCUCCCCCAGUUGCAUAGUCCACGCACGGAGGUUAUGGGUGGGAUCAAACAAGAGCAGAGUGAUGCAUCGCACCAGUCCAAACCAUCACAUUCAGCAGAUCCACCACAGGAAGAGCCGAAGAAGAGAGGCUGGCCGAAGGGAAAGAAGAGAAAGAAGGUGCUCCCAAAUGGUCCCAAGGCGCCAGUAACCGGAUACGUCCGCUUCCUGAAUGAGCGCCGAGAACGCAUGCGGGCCAGAUACCCGGACUUACCGUUCCCAGAAAUCACCAAGAGACUUGGAGCAGAGUGGACACAAUUAGCCCUGAAUGACAAGCAGCGCUACCUGGACGAGGCGGAGCGGGAGAAGAUGCAGUACGCCCAGGAACUGAAGGAGUAUCAGCAGACUGAGGCCUACCAGAUCACCAGCGCUAAGAUACAAGACAAGAGGAUCAAGAAAGAAGACACGCCAUCUGUCAUCAUCAGUACGAGUUCAGAGUCAUCAGUAUCAAAGCCGUCUGACCUCCCCAGAGGAUUCGACAUCCCCAUCUUCACAGAGGAGUUCCUCGAUCAGAACAAAGCUCGAGAGUCUGAGUUGCGACGGCUCCGUAAGGCCAACAUUGAGUUUGAAGAGCAGAACGCGGUGCUCCAGCGCCACAUAAAGGACAUGUACAGUGCCAAAGAGCGCCUGGAGGCUGAACUGGGGCUGGACGAGAAGCGCACACAGGCCCUUCACCAAAACCUGCUGACCAUUAAACACACGUUGGUCAACAGUCUGUCAUCGGUUCCCCUGCCAGGUACAGGAGAGAAGGCGUCUCACGGGAACCUGGACUCCUACCUAAGUCGUCUCAACGGAGUGCUGGAGGGAAACCCUCACAAGCAUCGUGCACUGCUCAGCCAGCUCUGCGAAGUCCUCGCUCAUCUGGACAGUGAGAAGUUAUGAGGAGACUUCAGCCGGUUCAUUCCUGCAUCAGAGGCUCGGUGGUGUCAUGGGUCAAGUCAGUGCCAAUCAAUGGAGCAUGUGGAUCUCUCAAGGAUAGUAAAGGCAAUGGUGCAAACGCUUCACAAUGCCACACGCGCACACACACACACACACACACACAGUCCGCGUCUACAUGCCUCUUCUUUAUGAAUAUGUUUAUACGGUAGAAAAUAUGUAUUCAUGCACAUGAGUUAUUGUGAAUGUGAAUCUGUGCAGCAGGGUUUAGGGUUUUUACACUUCAGGAAUUUCAUUUAAUGUAAUGUAAUAUUAUCUUCAUAUCUGCUUUAAUUAAGUCAAAUUGGAUUGACCCUAACCUCAUUGUGUAGUAUCCGCAGUUCCCUACAGGCUCACGACCUGUCCAAUAAGACAAGCCAAAUUAUUUGUUUACAAUAAAUGCCCUUUGGUAUUUGGUGGGUGGGUAAUGUGUAGUGUUGUUUAGAAAGCAUGGAAAACAAAAACUAAACUAAACUGGAAAGGUUGAAAAUGAAAUGUUGGGGUUUACAUGUUUGAAUUUACAUUGAUAAUGGCAGGUUGUUGAAUGGACAAGCAGUUUCACAUGUUGUCAGAAUAUUAUAUAUUUGUGGAGUAUAUUUGUAUUUUCUGAAAUGUUAAUUAAACCAAACUGAAAAUGUUUCCAACAAAAGGC